UGCAUAUAGAUUGCUUGUAUUAGAUCUGUAGAACUAUGUCAGACACACUUUUUCACAUAAUAUAAUCUUCAAACGAUUUACACGUUUAAAAUUUUCGCACAGUCUAACAUACAUAGCUGAACUUAGAGUUUCGUAUAUGAUCAAUAUAAAACCAUUAUGAAGUACAUUUCUUCUGUCCAUAGUAUUUCGAAAAAUAUACAGUCGAGUAAUCGAUCUUUCGAUUGGUUUAAGGGGGACCCCCCCCCCCCCUAAAAAAAACCAUUUUUUCGAAGAAAAACCGAAAUUGAGUUUUUUUCAUAGGAAGAUGCAUUGAAGUCUCCUCUUUCAGAAUAUGUAUGAUUUUUCAAAAAACGGUCAGGUUUUGGCCGAGUUAUUGGUCAAAAUUGGAGCUAAUAUAGUAUUUUCGUGAUUUUUCAAUUUUUUCAUUCUUUUUUUUAUCAAUUUUUAAAUAUUGUCUUUCCAUUCACUUCAUUAUUGAAUGUAGCUUUUCUUAUACUAACUAUUAAGAGUCUACUAACACAGAAGGGUUCCCUUAGAAAAAUAUUUUAUUCGAUAAAAACUAUUUUUUUCUUCUAAUGCAAUCUCAAAAACGAAGCCUAAUCUACUCUCAGUAGUUUUUAUCACUACAAACAAAAAGCAAACACAAAAAGUAAAACUAAUCGUUUUAAUUUUGCAAAAAUAGAUGUAUUUUAUAUACAACAAGAAGAUGUAAAUCGCACUUCAGUAUGCGCCAGCUUGAUAAUCUUCAACUGCAUCAUCAUCAUGAUCUUCAUCGCUGUCGUUGUCAUUGCUCAUAUUUUCAUUGUCACCUGUUUGUUGUUCUCUUCUCUUUCUCCAUCGUGCUUCUUUUUUUAAACGCUGUUUAUUCAUACGAUCAAAGGCGAUAAAAGAAAAAUGACCAAGCUCAUCUAGAAAAGACAAGUCCGAAAGCGAAAUCUUUGGACGAAAAGAAUGAGAUAAUCUGAGAAAUACCUAAGACUUGAUAUAAGACUUCACCAAUAGAUAGAUAUCCAUCAUUGUAUAUCAUGACAGCCAAACCAACAGAGACUAGAAGGAAACAAACAAAUCAAACAAUAUAUUUUAUCAAACGAAAAAGUCUGUCUUUUUCGUACCAUCAAUACUAGUUCCGCUACAAAAUUUGUUCUUAGGAGCCAUGUUCCAAAGGAAUGCGUGAAAUGAUUCAUUAGCAUUUUGACUGGAUCCAUUGAGCACGUGUUGUAAGGCUUCUUCUACAAAACCGCCAAACACAUAGAAGAAAAGUUAUUAUGAAUAUAAGGCACUUACUGGAGGCAAGAUCGUCAAAUACAGGUUUAAUAGCUUCCAUAACAUAUCUUGGUAAAGAGUGCUUUUGGUGGUCAUACGUUACUCCUGUUUUCGAAUAAAGAUAGAUAUUUAACACACAAUAAGAACAAAUGACUUCAAUCAAAAAGAGAGUCAAAUGUCAAAAGUUAUUUUGGACACACCUGUCAAAAGUGAUUUUCGGUAUCCGCACCAGUCUCCACACCACUCGUGGUCGGGUUCAUCAUUUGUUGAUGCCUAAAAAGUUAUCAGUACAGUAAUUAGUGAAUAACAUUUCUAUUUAUUAUAAUAUGCCCUCUUACUUUGUGUUUAUAAAUUGCCCAUGUGCGCUUGUGCAUCAUAUCUAGAUCAUCUUUGUAUUCACGAAUCACUUUGGCAUAGUAAAAUGUAAAUUUUGUCAUUAAACAAAUUUUUAUUCGGAACCUCUAGCGAGAGUCAUUGUCAUUUCAACUUUCAAACUCUAUAAAAAAAUGUACGCAAGCAUCCCCAAGAGUAUAAAACUUCACAAUAAAAUUUUAUUUCCUGAAUUAAUUAGACGAGUGAUAAGUAUAUGAGUGAGUUGCGGUGACAUCUAUGGAUGGGGGACCAUGAUUACAACUUUGACUAGGUGUCUACUGCCAAAAACACUAUAAUAUAUCCAUCUACGCACCAUCUAAUAAAGUUUGACGAAUAAUACGAAAAUAGCAAGUAAAAUAAGCAGACUUACUUUCAUUGCUCAAUCAAAAAUCUUCUUUUUGGUUUUUCUCAAAAUCAGUUUUUUCGACCAUACCGUUUACGCGGGCAAACCUUACGCCAUAACGAUUCAACAUAAAGUUGUCAUUGUUGUUUUGUUAUAUAGGGGACAUAUUAGGCUAGAUCCUAAUAGAGCCGGAUUUUUGAAUUUGUCCUUUGUUUAAAUAAAAAGUUAGAUCUUUGCUUUUCGUUUGCGAUUUUUCGCCACGAAUUUGUGAACUUUUGGGAAAUGUUUUUCUUUUAAAAUUGAACAAAGGGAAAUUAAAAAAUCGAGCUCUAUUAGGAUCUAGCCCUAAAUGUGCUCUACAAUUUUAAAACCACCUCGACCUGUUUAGAUGAAGUCUUGACCAUGAAAACCUUGCCCGCGUAAAGGGUAUUUUUUCCAGUGAAUUGACCAUAACUCGUGAAUGCUUCGGAGAUUUCGGGCGAAAUUUUAACCCUAACCUACUCUAGCUUAGACUAACAUUCCCUGAAAAAUUUGUUGAAUUUCAUGAAAAAAUAAAAAAGUUUGUCGAUAAGGGGGGGUCCCCCUUAACAAAAGCUAUCACAGAAGAAGUAAAUACAUAAGUUUUUUUUAAAAUUAUCUCUUCAGCUACUUCUUGAGUCCUAUUAGAAUUACAUAUAUGCUACUUUAACUUAAAGCAUUGUUCUGGUCACCAAAUGUAUUCUAAUAGAGGCGCAGAGAUAAAGCGUAGGCUCGAGUACAAGUCUCGAAGUCAUGUAUUAAAUAGUAGUUUUGGUGACCAGAUUCACAACUUUUGUCACUAAGUAUUGAUUUUUUUAUUUGUCUACUAUUUCUAGGUACCAAAUACACAACUACUUGGAUGUAAUUUUCAUUAUUGUCAGGCUAUAUACAGAAAUAUUCAAAAUAAAGGUUUGCAAGAUGCAUAUCAAAAUGUUGAAACAGUACGUCAAAUUCUUCGUCAUAUUAUGGCGUUAGCAUUUAUACCACAUGAUCAGAUUUGCACAGUAUAUUAUGACAUUAUUAAACCAGAAUUAAACGAUGUUCCAACUAAACCAGCAUCUCUUCGUCAAAAUUUACGUACUUUUCUCAAGUAUUACGAAUCACAUUGGUUAACAAAAAUUAAUAAAUUUUGUGUAUUCGAUCAACCAACACGAACCAAUAACGGUUUAGAAGGUUACAACAACAAGAUGAAUUUUCAAUUAUCGGCUCAUCCACAUCUUUAUCGUCUUAUUCUAUGGUUUGAAAAAGAAGAAUUAUUAGUACAGCAAUUAGUAUCAAAAGUUAAUUCAGAUCAACAAGUACAUAAAAGAAAACAAUCUGCAAUAACAAUUCUUAUUAAUGACUCAUUACAAACAUUAUGGGAUAGUUAUAAUGCUGGAAAACUUACUACGAAAGAAUUGUUAUUGGAAUCGUCAAGAUGGGCAGCAAAAAAAGCUUCAUAA